AUGUUUGAAGGUCACAGUGCUUUGGAUGUUGGCGUUUUAGAUGGAGUACUGUAUGCUGUAGGAGGUCACGAUGGAGUAAAUGUGCACAGGAGUGUUGAAGCAUACCGACCAAGUACAGGGGAUUGGACAACUGUUGCAGAAAUUAAUUUGUGUCGACGCAAAACAGGAGUAGCAGUAUUAGGUGGAUUAUUGUAUGUCGUCGGUGGUUAUGACGGGCAUUCUGUUCUGGAUUCUGUAGAAUGUUACGACCCCAAGACCAAUAGAUGGGCCAUAGUCAAAGCCUCAAUGAAUGUUCCAUGA